GAACCACGCGGCCUCGCUGUAGUUUGUCCCUCCGCUCUUUCCGUCCCGACUGUCACAACCCGGAAGUGACGGCGUUUUGACAGCAGAGAGCAGAGUCCGAGCCUGCUGUCUCUCCCGCUGUGCAGCCCCACAAACUAAACCGGACGCAAUGCACAGAUUAAACAUCAUUUCGGGCCACUUGUGUCCCUCCGGUUCCUCUGACGGCAGGCGGGAUUUAUGGAGGGCAGAGUGCGCAGCGGCGGCCGGGAGCAGCGGUCCGGAGGACGUGGUGGUGGUUCAUGGACUCAGGACUGCUAUCGGGAAAGCUAAGAGGGGAGCAUUCAAGGACACGACGCCUGACGAGCUGCUGAGUGCAGUGAUGACAGCUGUGCUGACAGAUGUCGGACUCUCGCCCAACAAGCUGGGAGACGUUUGUGUGGGUAACGUGCUGCAGCCGGGGGCCGGUGCUCUGAUGGCCAGAGUGGCUCACUUCCUCAGUGGCUUUCCGGACACCGUACCCGUCUACACCGUCAACAGACAGUGCUCCUCCGGACUGCAGGCUCUGUUUAACGUAGCAGGAGCCAUCAGGAGCAGAUCCAUUGACCUGGGCCUCGCAUGUGGUGUGGAGAGCAUGUCUCUGCGUUCAAUAGGUAAUCCAGGAGAUUUGAGCUCCAGGCUGAUGGACAACGACAAGGCCAGAGACUGCAUCAUCCCGAUGGGCAUCACCUCGGAGAACGUCGCAGAGAGAUUCGGCGUCUCCAGAGAAAAGCAGGACGCCUUCGCUCUCAGUUCUCAGCAAAAAGCCGCCCGGGCGCAGAGCUUGGGUCUGUUCGAGCAGGAGAUCGUUCCCGUCGCCACCAAGUUAGUAGACGACGAGGGUAAAGAGCGCCAGGUGACGGUCGCUAAGGAUGAUGGGAUCAGAGCGGGAACGACUCUGGCGGGACUCGGUAAACUCCGGCCGGCCUUCAAACCCGACGGCAGCACGACAGCAGGUAACUCCAGCCAGGUGAGCGACGGAGCAGCGGCCGUGCUGAUUGGUCGCAGGUCUGCAGUCGAGGCUCUGGGUCUGCCGGUCCUGGGAGUCCUGAGGGCCAGUGCGGUGGUGGGGGUCCCUCCUGAUCUUAUGGGUAUUGGACCAGCGUUCGCCAUCCCGGCAGCUCUGGAGCAGGCAGGACUCACUGUUGCUGAUGUCGACGUGUUUGAAAUCAACGAGGCCUUCGCCAGUCAGGCGGUGUACUGCGUGGAGAAGCUGGGCAUCCCGUUGGAGAAGGUGAAUCCUAACGGCGGCGCCAUCGCUCUGGGUCAUCCUCUGGGCUGCACCGGCGCUCGACAGGUGGUGACGCUGCUGAACGAGCUCAGACGCAGAGGCAGGAGGGCGUAUGGAGUUGUGUCCAUGUGCAUUGGGACUGGGAUGGGAGCUGCUGCUGUCUUUGAAUACCCCGGCCCGUAGGAGACAACUUUCUAUUUGUAGAAGCUGUAAAAAAUAAAACAUUUCGACACGA